AUGGACGAAACAAUGCGCGUCAGUGAUUUUGACGCAAUCGCUCAACUUCCUCCGGAGACUCCUCUCGGCGACAUCAAUCGCAACAUCAUGGUGGCGACGUAUCAUCAGGCGAGCGAAAUCUCCCCGGAAGAUCACGACGACUGGCGACAUUCGCCUGCUGUCCAAGUCGACUACGCGCAAGCUCGUGAAGGGCUACAAGAAGAGCAUACUAUUCACGACAAGUACCACGUCUGGGGCAAAGUCCUUUACGACUGCUGGGGUUGCUCGAUCAACGAGUGUCUGCCCAAAGAACUGCGCUCGCGCACGCCGUACUCACUUGCCCUCGUUGCGCAUGUGGCGGAUCUUGCAAUUGUGACAGCAGGUGAGAUGGAGCGCGCCCAGAGGAUUUUGCUUCAGCAGUGUCGCGCCCGUCAGAACGGCGAAGGAGGACGGUACUCGGCAAAUGCUUUUGUCGUUUCUCGGAGCCAGGCAUUUGGUAUCCCGGCUGAAGCCUACGUUGAAGAGUUCAUCAAAGAGUGUCCAAAUGGCAUCACUUUGGAGGACGUCAGCAACACAAUGGCGGCGGCCACGGCGUCCUCGACGGCGUACGCUCCAUACCUCCCCGAUAUGGAGCCAUCGCUGAACAAUUUGGCAACGACCCACGCACAUAAUGACGGCGCGAUCGAUGGAAGAGAUUUCAGCAUUGUUGGUCCUUCCGCAGCUCCCAGAUCUACAGGACUCGACAGAAACAAGCUCGGCUAUCAUCAGGCAGAACACAUAUCUCCUGAAGAUGUCAAUGACUGGCACCGACUGCGCGGCGUGCGUGCAUCGGCCAAGAAGAACAUGGCGCCCAAAGGCACACCCCAGCGCAUGUAUCAUAAGUUUGCAGUGGUCAUCGAGCGUUCCUGGGGCUGCUCAGUCGCUGAAUGUCUUCCUCCCGAACUUCAGAUGUGCACUCCAUACUCGCUCGCGCUAGUCGGACGCAUGGCGAAGCUAGCCGGCCUCACCGACGGCGACGUGGAUCUUGGUCAUCGUGUCUUGCGACAUGCGUGGUCCACCCGCCAGCAGAUGGAGGGCGAUCGAUACUCAUCGACCCGGUUCAUCCGUCUAGCAAAGCCCGCGAAGAAGCUUGCUCAUCAGAAGUGUUUGGAGCGCCACAUCGACGAGUGCCCUCGCGGUGUCAUGAUGCAGGAUGUUCUGCACGCCAUGGACUUGGUCAAGAGCGCUGGUAAUCCUUUCGGUACAAAUGGAGGCGCUGUAGAUCCGGGUACUCAAGCUCUGCAGCGUGAGCAGCGCUUUCAAAAGCGGCAAGGGACCACAGGGAAGCCAAGAAAGGGCCACAACAAGGGUACUGUAGCAUUCGUUCGCGCCCACGCAUCGGUCGAAGAGAACGUGGCCAGCGAUCCCGGACUGCAGCAAUACAUCAGGGAGAAAGAGUAUGAAGCAUACCGCCGCGGAUAUCAGGACGCAGUCGAUGGGAAGCAGUUCACUGCAUCAGCGGGAGUCGUCUCACCAGUCGGCCAGAAGAAAAAAGACCAUGAGAAGGAUGACAACGACGAUGAGGACGACGACGACGAUGAUGAUGAUGACGACGAGGACGACGACGGAGGAGAACCAAACACCAAUCUCACCAUCGAACACGUACUUCGCGACGAGAAGAACGCUGCGCAAAUGAGUUGUGCUAUGAAUGUGAUCGCCAUGCAAGACCGUCGCGGUGGGAAGCAGGCCAAGCACAACGCCAGACGUGCCCUUCGAAGCAAUGCUCUGCCUCUCGAACGCUUCGAUCUGAAUCAGCUGCCACAGCUGCCUUUGCCGUCGUUCGAUGCUGGUGCGAUCAAGAUGGAGACGGAAGACUGA